GUCAGUCAGUCAGUCAGUCAGUCAGAGUGAGUGAGUGCAAAACCGGUCGGGUUCUUGAUUGCAAGUACCGUGUACCGUCUUCUUACUUCCCUUCCUAUCUAUACACUUGACAUUCCUCUUCCUCUCCUCAUUCUUUUCAAUUUCAGUUGAUAUAAGGAUAUUGUUAUUGUUUAUAGGGGAGUACUCCACGAUGCCACCAGAACCACCAGAAUUCAAUUGUCGAGUCCAGAAGACUCUCCCCCGAACCAUAGGACUGGGCUCAGGCCAUCAGAGAUUGUUGCUGAUCGCAUCGUCAUCGACUACGUACCCGAAAAAAAGAGGGUCGCAAAGAGGGUCCCUGAUCCCGAUCCUCCCUCCAUCUGGGCCCCGUCGGAUAUAUUCAGUUUUUCCUUAUUCUCCCUUUCUUUCUUUCAUAUCACCAGAUAAACUUUUUUUUUUCUCCAGUCAGCUGCCGGACGAACUCUUCUCCUUGACUGUAACUACUGUAUCCACGGUUACUUGGUGGUUCUCCUUCCCUCCCACCCCUCUCUUCUUCUUCUUUUUCUUCUUCUUCUUCCUCCUCCCUGCAUUCGGAUCUGAUGUUGGAUGUUGAUGCCGAUGUCGAUGUAUCCAAUGCGAGUGAGCAUCUGACAGGUCCAAUCGCCGUAACCUCAGCCCAGCCCUGCCUUUAAAUCUCUUUCACCCCUUGCGACAACGGCUUUAUUCCUCCCUCUUUGAGUCCCGAGUCGCC